CCAUAAUAAGAGGAAAUGCAAUCAUUUUUUUUGCUCUCCUGGCAGUCAAUGUAGAAAGCUUUACCAUGCCCGUAAGUGUGGCUGAUGAAUGCCUGGCCAAAAACAACGUCACCAGAGAAGACUUUCUAUUGAGAAUAGAUCAAUCACUGGCUGAAACCCAUGAGGAAAACAUUGAAAUAAAUUAUAUGUGCUUUGUGCACUGCAUGGCCACCGAAUUGAACGUUCUUGAUGCCAAUGGACGCAUCGAUAUCGAGCUGCUGCAAAUCGUUGAAAACUUAAGGGAUACGAAUAUUGAGGUCGUUGAGGAGUGUAAUCGUGUUAAUAACUCGGUGGAAGACCUGUGCAUUUAUGCCUUUGAAAUGUUACUGUGUCUGAUCAAAAACAUCGACAAUACCCAAUAUAUUAACAUAGCACCGGAAAGAGCCGACUACUAAUGUGAUUUAUUUCAUUAAUUUUUGUUGUUAAACAGCUAUCAUAAA